UGUGUGUGUGUGUGUAUGAAGCGUCAGCUGUCAAGUUAUAAACCAACACUACAGAGCGCACCAGGCAGCAAGAACACACCAGAGGCUCAGUCCGGUCUCCAGUUAUGCACAGCUAGAUUAAAGCCAAGCGAGACACUAUCCGCGUCAAAAUGGACUGGUUUACGGGCGAACUAACGUGAAAAUAUCCUUAAAUUGUUUUAGCUGAGCGGGUGUAACGUUACUUGAACCUUAUAGGGUACCGCGUGCACGGGAUGGUCUGAAGUGUUUACUCUCGAAGCUUUUGCAUUGAAGCGCAAUGUACACUUUUGACAGCCGAGCGUAACAUUUCGUCCGCUCUGACUAUGACAGAGGACAUAAUGACGGCUGUGCGCGGAAAUCUUCCUCAAACAGCAGACGCCCCGGGACAGAAGGAUAGCGGACAAACUGAACCGACAAGCGGGGCGAUCCCUUCCUCCUCACCCGCGGAGCUCAGCCGGGACUCCGCGUCCUGCACCGGCGAGCUGACGCGCACGUGGCUGCAGUUCGCCAAGACCUUCGUCAUUAUCUUCCCCAUAUAUGUCUUGGGAUAUUUUGAGUUCAGUUUUAGUUGGCUCUUAAUCGCACUCACGAUAUUUUUCUUCUGGAAGAGAAACACGAGGUGUAAGAACACUAGGUUGAACAGAGCACUUUCUAUUUUUGAGCAAGAGGACACGGUUAAACAGGAGCUGGAGGCAACUGAGUUACCAUCAUGGGUUCAUUAUCCAGAUGUGGAAAGAGUUGAGUGGCUAAAUAAGACAGUGAAACAGAUGUGGCCUUACGUGUGUCAGUUUGUGGAGAAGCUGUUUAAAGAAACAAUCGAGCCAGCAAUCAAAGAAGCCAAUGCCCACCUUAGUACGUUCAGCUUCACUAAGAUUGAUCUUGGAGAUCAGCCUCUCAGAAUCAAUGGGGUUAAAGUUUACUCUGAGAACGUGGAUAGACGGCAGAUCAUCAUGGACCUUCAGAUCAGCUAUGUUGGAAAUACUGAAAUCGAUGUGGAUGUCAAAAGGUACUACUGUAGAGCAGGGAUCAAAAGUAUACAGCUACAUGGAGUUCUGCGGGUGAUUCUUGAGCCACUUUUGGGGAAUAUGCCGCUGGUUGGUGCUCUUUCCCUCUUCUUCCUAAAGAAACCACUUUUGGACAUAAACUGGACAGGCCUCACAAAUAUAUUGGACAUUCCAGGGCUUAAUGGCUUUUCAGACCACAUGAUCCAGGAUAUUAUCAGCACUUACAUGGUGUUGCCUAACAGGAUCACUGUACCACUAAUAGGUGAGGUUGAACUGGCACAGCUCCGUUUCCCCAUGCCAAAGGGAGUUCUAAGGAUUCAUUUUCUUGAAGCUCAGAAUCUGGAAAUUAAGGACACAUAUCUGGGCGGGCUGAUCAAAGGCAAGUCUGACCCCUAUGGCAUGCUGCUGGUCUGCAACCAGCUCUUUAGAAGCAAGACCAUCAAAGAAUGUCUGCACCCCAAAUGGAAUGAGGUGUAUGAGGCACUAAUAUAUGAACAUUCCGGACAACAUCUGGAAAUUGAGCUCUUUGAUGAAGACCCAGAUAAAGAUGACUUCUUGGGCAGUCUAAUGAUUGACUUGACUGAGCUGCAUAAAGAACAGAAAGUUGAUGAGUGGUUUGACUUGGAAGAAGUUACUACAGGCAAACUUCAUCUCAGAUUAGAGUGGCUGUCAUUGUACCCGAGUGCUGAGAAACUAAAUCAAGUACUAUGGAGCAUAAGGGCCAAUGACAAUCUUUCCUCAACUCUGCUAGUUGUUUACCUGGACUCUGCCAGUAAUUUGCCGAGUGUCUUUGAGGGCAGCUUUGGCUGUGGAAACCUAAAGGAGAGGAGGGCCUCUGGCCUAGUCUUUUGUGAGAACCCAGACUCUCUCUGUAGAACGUUAUUUCAGUCUGGGAAGAAAGUGAGCAUAGAUCCAAAUCCUUUUGUCAAACUGACUGUAGGACAAAAGAUGUACACCAGCAAGGUAAGAUAUAAAACUAGUGAUCCGCUGUGGGAAGAGGCUUUUCACUUCCUUAUCAAGAACCCGCACACUCAGGAACUGGAAAUUGAGGUGAAGGAUAGUAAGCACAAGUGCUCUUUGGGUUGUAUGCGGGUGGCACUUGGUUCUCUCCUGAAGGAGGCGGACAUGACGCUGAAUCAGCAGUUCCCCCUGCAGAACUCUGGCCCCAACAGCACCCUCAAACUCAAAAUGGCUCUCAGGGUCCUCUGUUUAGAGAAGGAGGUCACAUCCAGCCAGCCGUCAUCUGUCCGAGUCAGACGCACUAGUCAGAAUAACACUUGCAUGUCUCCACAACCUCAAACAGCCACUAGCACCAGCAACUCCACAGUCAUCCAGCCGUCACACAACCCAUCUUGUACCCUUGCACCAGACACCCCUCAAGAGAAAAGAGGACUGGAUGGUUCCCCGGUGCGGAUAGCAGAGGCAGGCCGCAGCGUCUCCAGUCUAGAGAUAAGCAGCUUGCACAAGAAUCAGUUUCACAGAGACUCUAUGCCUAGUCUGGCCUCUGACAUCUCGCUGCCCUCUGCCACACUGGAACUGCAGCAGAGGUUACAGAAGCUACAAAACGGCUCUGGGCUGAGCAAGUAUCCACUCGGUGAAGUCCAGCUCACUAUCCGACACAGCUCACAAAGGAAUAAACUUAUUGUAGUGGUUCAUGCCUGCAGAAACCUCAUAGCACUGACUAAAGAUGGCUUGGACCCAUACAUCCGCCUGUACCUGUUACCAGACAAGAGCCGCAGUGGCCGCAGAAAAACCAGCACACUCAAGAAGACGCUCAAUCCUACAUAUGACCAGUUCUUUGAGUUCAGUGUGUCAAUAGUGGAACUGCACAGGAGGACUUUGGAUGUCGCUGUCAAGAAUGGAGGAAGACUUUUGUCCAAACACAAAGUACUACUGGGCAAGGCGGUUGUGGACUUGGCAAUUGAAGACAUUUCUAAAGGAUGGACUCGAUGGUAUCAUCUGACUGAGGAUGGAUCGAAGAAGAUAAUUCAGACGUAGUGGUUCAUGCUAGAAAGCAGAAAUGAAUGGAACAGCAGAUAACUGGGACAUGUCACGGCACGCACGGGAUAGAAGCUUUAGUAGCAGAAGAGCAGCGCUGGACUAACUAAACCAGGCUACUUCUACUGGGAUUUACACUGGCCUAUAAAGUGUCUCUCUCAUUCUCACCAAAGCUAAAAUUGCCACCUUAAGCAUCAAUGGCCCACUUACUCUCUCUUUCUCAAAGGAUUCAAUCUGAUUGUCUUUUUUGUUUUAUCUGCUUGUUUUUGUUUUAUUCAUCUUAUUGGUAUUUGGACAAAUAAUUUCACUUUUUUACCCAAAUAGUUACCUAUGGAGUUAAGAAACAAUGAUAAAAAAAAAGAUUAUUUAGAUCAUUAGAUUUAUUAAUAUUUAUGUUGCUGGAAAGUCAGAUAUAAUUGUAGCAUUGUUGUUUGUUUGAGGCAGUAUAUUACACAAAACACAUGGCCAAGGGCAAAGGACACACGCAUACGUUUUUAUGUAUAUAUGUAUGUAUGAACAUUUCUUUUUUUCUUAGAUUUUAUGCUUUUUCUAUCUCAUACAGCUAUGGGAAUUCUAAGUUAUGUUCAGAUCUUCAUAGAUGAUCCACUGAUAAUUUAUUUUAAAAGUAUUUUAUUGUAUCCUGUUGCAGAACAUAAAAUGAAAAGAUUGUACAGAAAUGUUUGAUACCCAUUUUGUCUGCAACAGUUUUAAGAGGAAAAGCAAAAUGUGUAUUUUUGUAUGUGACAUUUGUAAGAUGACAAUAGCUUGGUUACAGAGUGUUUUGCUUACGGAUUGGUUAAAGACUGUGAAAUGGCUGUUGAUAUUAUUUCCAGCCUUAUUCUUCUCUAUGCAUAAUGCAUGAUAUCAUUAAAAUAUGAAAUUCAACUUGAA